AUGCCAAGCCCUUCAAUGUACUGCCUUACUGCAGCUGAAGUUCCAGUUUCGUACACACUCGGUGGUUGCUCAACAUGCGGAAUUCCAUUGGACUCUUGCCAAACAACGUUGGCUUGUCCAUCUGGAACAGCCGCAAGACUAGAUGGCGGUUCUGGAGAUAUCAAUGGAAACUCUGAUGGUUCUCCCACUUUUCUCUAUUGUUCUGAGGCUGCUGGACUGUGGUAUGGAAGAAUCGAUGGAUCAGACACUCCUAUUAUAUCAGCUGCAUGUAAAUAUCCGUAA